GCAGAACCAGACCUCCAUGCUUAGAGAGGAUCAUGAGAGAGAGACAGCCACAGAGAGAGGAAGUUGGAAGGUGUGUUUGGGAGAUAGAGGUUUAAGAGAGGGUUUUAGUUUAGGUCUACCAACUGGUAGUUAGAGAUUGAAACUCCUUAACCAAACACACCCUUCAACAGCCAGCCAAACUAAGAGAGAACCAGAAAGCCAAACCAUACACAAGUCAAGCACCAACUUCCUGACAUGGAAGUUUUAAGCAAGAACCCACCACCCAAAGCUAAAAGCAAAUGAAGAGAAAAAAUACCCACAUCAUAUGAUCAAAAAGAUGAAACUAGAAAGAUAGAGAGAGGGUUAUCAUUUCCUCUUUUUUACAGAGAGAAAGUAGUGUAAGUGUGUGCGUGGGAGAGAAGAUGCUCACGUGGGGAUUGAUGGAAUGAUGGAUAGAGAAUCAAUGAUUAGAAAUAAAAGAGAGGAGCAAGAAAGUGAAUUAUUCAUUGCUCUUUUGAAUUCUUGCUAUUUCCUUUUUCAUAAUUUUGUAUAAUAAUUUUUUUUAGAACCCAUUAUUUUUUGUAUUUGUGGGUAUUGUGUUCUUGUUUCUUGUUUGUAUAUGUGCAUGUAAUAGUCGGAAGAAAAGUGAAGUGUGGAGUAUUGGGAUCGGAAUUGUGCAUCAGCGGAGAUCGGGCGGUGUCUUUGAGAUUUCCUGUUCCCCAAAACACCCACAAAUAUUUCUGAUUUCCAGAUUCGAACAAGGGGGUAGGAAAGUUUCAAGAAAGAAGAGAUGGCCACAUACUACCCUAACGCAAAUAAUGAGAGGGAUGCAACUCCAAUGCUCUAUUUAAGGGAAUCUUUGCCUGUUUCAUAUCCAGAGGCACCAAUUCUUCCUGGUAAUAUGAUGAUGUAUAUGAGUUCUGGGUCAUACACAGAUGCACCAACUGGGAAUCCUCAGCAGUCAAAUAACUUUAUUGAAAUGCAUUCCGUGGAAGCUUCAAAUUCUACUGCACAGCACCAAAAAAUCUUGCCAAAUCUUGGAGGUUCAAGAAUGGGUGAGCAUGAUUUUAAUGAUUGGAGGGAUGGGAGAAAUGAGAUGCUGGUUAUGCACUCAUUAGCUGCACCUGCCAACCUUCUUCAUGAUGGACAGAAUUUGCAGGGCCAAGGAUUAUCUCUCAGCCUUGGCACACAAAUCUCAUCUGGAAUUCAAAUGCCUUCCAUUCCUUAUAGAAAUCCAAACUCUGGCUUUUCCCCAUUCUUGGGCCGUAACCCUUCAAUUACAGGCGAAGAAGGUAGCAGGAAUGCCUCUUCCAGAGAGGAGAAUGCUAGAAAUGCUGAAUAUAUGCCAACUGGUGUUCCUGGUGGUAGUCAAGACUCAAAUAAGGGAGAUUUAACUCCAUAUGGAAUGUCAAAUAUGGCAAGGACUAUUCCUGGCUCUAAGUACCUCAAGGCAGCUCAGGAACUACUGGAUGAAGUUGUUAAUGUACGAAAAGCUCUAAAGCAGCCCAAUAGAGAGAAGAACCAAAGUUCACAUGAGCAUGGGGAUAAGAGUACCAAGGAGGGGGACGGAGACUCAAAAAACGUGGCUUCAACAGAAGAAUCUGACAAUCUCUCUCCAAGUGAGCUUUCACAUGCAGAAAGACAGGACUUGCAGAAUAAGUUGUCUAAGCUUUUAUACAUGCUGGAUGAGGUUGAUAGAAGGUACAAACAAUACUUUCAUCAGAUGCAGAUUGUAGUUUCAUCAUUUGAUGUGAUAGCAGGAUGUGGUGCAGCUAAACCAUAUACUGCACUUGCCCUCCAAACUAUAUCCCGCCACUUUAGGUGUUUACGUGACGCAAUUACUGGCCAAAUCAAAGCAGCCCGUAAAAGCCUUGGUGAGCAAGACGACUCAGAAAAUGGUAAAGGAGUUGGAAUAGCUCGCCUCCGCUUUGUGGAUCAGCAGCUCAGGCAACAGAGAGCUCUUCAGCAGCUUGGUAUGAUGCAACAACACACAUGGAGACCACAGAGGGGGCUGCCAGAAAGCUCAGUUUCAAUCCUCCGUGCUUGGCUGUUUGAGCAUUUUCUUCAUCCUUACCCAAAGGAUUCUGAUAAGAUUAUGCUGGCAAGGCAGACUGGACUGACGAGAAGUCAGGUCUCAAACUGGUUCAUUAAUGCAAGGGUGCGUCUAUGGAAGCCCAUGGUUGAGGAGAUGUACAAAGAAGAGAUUGGUGAUGCAGAGAUGGACUCUAAUUCUUCUUCUGAAAAUGCAGCCAGAGCAACAAAGGGUGAUGUGAAGAACUCAGAGGAUAGAGGAGGGGAAGAACUGCAACAGAGUGCAAGUUCAACAGCCACUGACAAAUGCAGCCAAGGACAUUUGAUAGAUUCUAAAACUGACAAUGUUCCGGACGUUGAAAUGGCCGGAUCAACUGCAAGAAUUGAUUUUCAAAAUGUGAUGCAAAGAGAAGUUGAGACUGAAUAUGGGUUACUGAAGUCAAGAAACAAUCAAAGGGUCGCCAUGGACGACUCUAAUAUCUUCCCUGAUGCCAUGGUUCAUCCUCAUGGGGGCAGUGAUAGGUUUAUGGCCACGGCAGCUGCUGCUUAUCACAUGUCAGAAUUGGGGAGUUUUGGUGGUGGAAGCGGCGUGUCUCUAACGUUGGGUUUGCAGCAUUGUGAGGGUGGCAGCUUGCCCAUGGCCGGUGGCAGCCAUCACAAUUUUGUGUCCAUGAGAGGAGACAACAUUUACGGUGCUCCAGCGUCCUCAAUUGGGACAGAAACUACAGAUUUUGAAUGCAUGAAUACUGGGGAUCGGCAGCAGAGGUUCAGUUCAUCUCAUUUCUUACAUGAUUUCGUAGCGUGAAAACGAUGGAUUGCAGAUUGACAUGACUUCCUGUUAUUAUUUUUGAGGAGAGAAGGAAAGGGAAAUUGUUGAUGGGGAUCUAAAUCUUUCCAACUCCUUAGAGAAUAUUCAUCUUGCAUACAAAUGCAGAGGGGUGGGUUAUGGUCUUCUCAAUAUUAACUGAAUAUAAAAUACAGUUGUAAUAUAGCAGGGAAUUAGUUGGAAGAUCAAAAUAUUUGUAAGGAUACUAUACUUUGUAUUUUUUUUUUUUCUGUAUGCUGAGGGGAAAUUGUAUAAACAAUUUGUAAUCAAGGGAGAAAUGGGCAGUUUGGAAUAAGGAUUGUGGGUAACAGGUUACUAGGUAUACUGGUAAUGUCCUAUAAGACAGUUAUUUAGUUGUCUUGCUACCUGGGAUUCUUCAGCA